AUGUUGCUCACGUCGGCGCAGGUGUCAUUUGCCGUCUCUACCAGCGUCAUCCUCCUAUGCACCGCCGCCCUCUUCCUGAGCGGCUAUGUCAUCCAGCAGCGCACGCUCCGGGACCUGCGGGCAGCAAUCCGGCCGACGCCAAGAGUGUCGCCCAAGAUUUUCCUGCCGGACCGGUUCAAGCAGAGCACGACGGAGCUCGAGGACGGCACCGUGAUCGCCGUCGACGACCCGUACGACAGUCGCACCCGGCCGGCAGCCGCGGUAGAGGUCAAGCCCACGCCGCCACAGCAGCCGGACAGCGCCGCCCCUGAGCUGCGGCAGCAACCAAUAGACGCAAACACAGACACGGGCGAAACAGAUGCGUCGCAGCAAAAACUCCCGACAAAGACGGCGCCCGAGCACGACGCACACGCACAGAAGACGAAGACGAAGAAGAAGAAGACCAAACCCGCACGGAGCCGGUGGUGGCCGUAUAAGCAGAAGAAAGACGCAGCCGCCUCUGCCGACGAAGACAAGGACGCGGACGACAAAGACUCGCAGAAACCCAUCAGCCGUGCCGAGCGGCGGCGGCGCAUCCGAGCCGACAUCCAGAAGCUGUCGCAGGGCAGCCAGCGGGGGUACUACCAGCGGCGGCUGUAUUAG